ACGAGGAACCGGGAUACGUCUGCGAACCGAUGGAGCCCGUCGGAUUUUUUUCGCGGAUCGCAAACAUCAAGAUGGCGGACGGGAAGCCACAGGCCGAUCUUCAUGAAGAAUAUCGUCAAGUGAAAGGAUUCUGGUUGUUUGAAAAAUGUUACCUGAGGUUUCCACAGGACGUACGAGACAAGGCUGAAUGUGAUCAUUGCAAAUGCAUUCCAAAGGAAAUAUAUAAUCUUCAUUGCCUCAACCAUCGACUCUGCCUGGAGUGCAAACAAUAUUGCAAAGGUUAUGACUGCCUUAAAUGUGGCGUUAACACAAGCCCUGCGCAACUUGAGGCUGCUCGUCCCCGUAUCAACUAUGUGGCAAACUACCUGCUAGCUCUUUGCCCCUUCUGUGAAGAGAAAGUGAUGCUGGACUGGAUGAGGUACCACCUUUUGACGAGUCACUCGUACGACGUCAGCAUUGUACAACCAAAGGUUCAACAGAGAAAGAAUGAGGACACGACUAUGGAUGUUGAUGAAACUGGCGACGGCAAGACCUGGGACCAUGAUUUUGAACAGUUUUCUGAGGAGCAGACUCGAUCGUCGUGGAAAGACUCACCGGUUUUUGAGGCCGCUGCUGAAAGCAGUUCAACCAGACGAUUAAGUAAACCUAUUGCGGAAAUAUCCAAUUUCGCCCUGUGUAAAAACAACGUACUGGAAAGCAAGCUAAAGGAACACAAGUAUGAGUGUCCGAAGAUCGAAAGGGAGAGUUUCGACUGCGGUGUCAAAGUUCUCAACGAAAACCUAGAAGAUCGCCUGGACAAGGAGUGCCAGAAGCGAGUAGUUUUUUGCGAAGCGUGCCACAGUCUGGUGAUUUGCACUCAACUUGGCAAACACAAGUCUGAGUGUCCGAAGAUCGAAAGGAAGUGUUCCGACUGCGGUGCCAACGUUCUCAAUGAAAAAAUACAAAAUCAUCAAGAAGAGGAGUGCCAGAAGCGAGUAGUUCUUUGUGAGGCCUGCAAAAGUGCAAUGUCCUAUGAUGAAUUUAGCGAACAUGAUCAAGAAUGCCCCGAGAAGCCAGUGGUCUGCGAUGACUGUGAAGGCGAGGUACUACGGAAGGAGAAGUUCAAGCACGCCUCCGAGUGUCCAAUGCGUGUUGUGGGCUGCGAGAGCUGCAAAGGAUUCUACGCCUACUCUACAGAAAAGGAGCACAGGGAACAGUGUGAAAAAAAGAAACUUGCUUGCGAGUACUGCAAAUUGGAACUGAAAGGCGAUGAUGAAAAAAACGAGCACCUUGAAACCUGUGAACAGGCUUUGAUUGGAUGUGCUUUUAAAGCGUUUGGAUGCAACGAGAAAGCUCCAAGGAAAGAUAUGCAGGAACACGAGAAGGACCCACACAAUGCACUUCUUAAUCAAGUGAUCCUUGGGCUGCAAGAAAGAAUCGAGAACCUGGAACGGCCCCUCACCGCCCUCGUUAAAAAACUUCGUAAUCCGGAUUCGUUGGGAUCCAGUCAAUGAUCGCCGACCGCAAGAAACUACACUGUGCAGUGUUGUGCAAGGAAAAUUGUCGAUAUGAAGGGUAUUGUGAAGGCCUUUAAAUGUCUAGUGGUGGUCUAAUUUUUUUAGAGGUACCACAAUUGUUUUUUUUUCUUGCAGCAAAACUUUUGACAAAAUAAAGUUGUAAAGAGUUCUCA